AUGGCCGUGCAGCUGCCCCUCUGGCACCACUACCUGCAGGCGGUGCAGUCCCGCGCGGCGCCCCGGGCCCAGGACUUCCAGCGUGCGGAGGACGUGGUGCUCACGGUGCUGGAGCACGUGCACGCCAUGGACCCCCGCUUUCUCGUCGACUAUUCUCGCGACCUGGGGGCCUUCCAAUUCGCGCUACGCUCCUCCGAGGAGCCAGUGCACCUGGAGGUGCCCCUGGGGCUGGAUGCUGAGGCGCUCCUGAUUGAGGAGCCGGCCAGUAUGCAGCCUGCCGAUGGCCCCGCGAGCUGCCGCCUGGGCGUCCCCACGGAAGGCGCAGGCCUGGAGCGGUGGACUUCGGAAGACGUCUUCAGUGCCUCCCCAGAGAGCGACGCUGACUCCCAGUGCUGUGGCCACAUUGCGCCCAGCAAGGUCCUGAGCGUCCUCCGGGACCUCCUGGUGGCGGCCAUCGUGCACUGCAAGCAUCACAAUGUCAUUGCUCCAGGCUCCCUGAAUGCGUCCAGCCUGCAGGAGGAGGAGCUCCACCUGUCCCUGCUGGUGUCCAGUGGCUGGAGGACAAUCCGCUUCAAUGUGGUGCCUGUGGUAAGAAGGAGACACAGGCUAUCCACCCCCGAGUGGGCCUCGCUGGUGACCGGCUUCCCUGCGGGCAGUCUGGAGAGGAUCCUGGGCCUGGGCGUGGACCUGGUGCCAGCCAGUGCCCAGCUCUGGAGGGUCUCCACUGACCACCUGCUGUCUCGGCUGCUGAGUGCUCUGGGCACGUUCCCUGGCCACCGCUUGGACGGACUUUGCAUCCUGGACCGGGUCAACCACGACAGCUGGCGGGACGAGGGCCAGAGUGCAGGCCUGACCUUCCACCACCUGAAGAUGGUGCUGCUGUGGGCCUCGGUGUUCUUCCCAGCCCCUGAGGAUUGGGCAGACCUGGAAGGUGCUGUGUACCGUCUGCUGGUGGUGCUGCUCUGCUGCCUGGCCACCAGGAACCUGCCGCACUUCCUGUGGCCGGGGCAGAAUCUGCUGCGGUUCAGCGGCCUGGACCUGGGCGCCCUGUACCAGCGUGUGGAGCGCUUUGCCAGCCAGCCUGAGGCCUCACUGCGCAUCCACGUCACUCACCUGGGCAGCAGCCCGCCCCCCCGCAUCGACAAUGGCAUCAAGGCCCUGCUGCAGCUGCCUGCUAGUGACUCAGCCUACUGGGUCACUGCAUACUUCGAUGUCCUGCUGGACAAGUUCCAGGUCUUCAAUAUCCAGGAUAAAGACCGGAUUGCAGCCAUGCAGAGCAUCUUCCGGAAGACCAAGGCCCUGGGCAGCGAGGAGAGCUGA